GGUGCGUUAGGCGAUUUUUACCUCUUCUUAUAACUUAUUUUAUUGCUUCAUUCGUUCGAGAAAUCAGUAAAUGAUUGAUUUCCGCGCACUUUUUCCCAAGUGUAUUAUCUUUUAAAAUAUACUUUAUCCAUCUCAUUUACACAUGCUUUUAAUGCACUAUUUUCUGGGUUAAUUAAUACGUCGGUACUUUUAAAUACCAAAUAAAAGUGUACUUACAAUGUAAUGGGUAAAUAUUUUUAUCUUUAAAUAAUACACAUAAUAUAAUGGAUUGAAUAUGACUUAUGAUAAAAUCAAAAAUUUCACCUUUGAUGUCAAUUGCAAAAAUAAAUACAUAAAUCAAGUUAAAACGCACAUUCAUUUGGGUAUAAAUAAACCUGUCUAGCCGAUGAAAAAUUCAGUUUCAAUAAUACAGCACUGAAUGACGAAUGUCUGAUAAAAAAGUGAAUUACAAAGAUGACUUGGCAUCCUGCUAAUAUAACUGAAGGGUGCUUUACAAACUACUUCAUUUCGUCCUGUCAACCGUCUUUUUUAACAUUUUUGACAUUCUUAAGCCAAUAUUUGGGGCAUUCCCGUGAUGAUAAACUUCGUUCUGCAAGAGCACUUGACAAUGAAUAUGACUUUAUUAUUGUUGGCGCUGGAAGUGCUGGUUGUGUUGUAGCCAACAGAUUGACUGAAAUUAAAAAUUGGAAGAUAUUACUGUUGGAAGCUGGAGACGAACAGCCAGUGGUUACAGAAAUUCCAGGCUUAUUAGGAGUGUUACCGGACAGUACUAUUGCUUCUUCCUACGAUUAUCUGAGAAAAGGGGAAGUAUGUAAACUCAGUCCAUAUCAGUGCAUCAUUACUCGUGGAAAAGUAAUGGGAGGCAGCAGCUCCAUAAAUGCAAUGAUUUACAAUCGGGGAAUGAAGAGAGAUUAUGAUGAUUGGGAGAAGCAAGGAAACCCUGGUUGGAACUGGGAUAACGUUCUGCGUUAUUUCAAAAAAUCGGAAAAUUUAAAAAGCAAAAUUCCAGCUGGAGAUGCUACAAAUCACGGGAUCGGCGGCUACUUGAGCGUCGAACUAAGAGAACCGGAAAAAUAUGCCGAAAGCAUUCACAACGCAUGGAAGGAAACAGGCUUGAAAGAAGUAGAUUAUAACUCUGGAGAGAAUUUAGGGACAGCUAGAAUUCAGUUUACAUUAAAAGAUGGCAUUCGUCAAAGUACUAAUGACGCAUUUAUAAGACCAAUACGUGGAGUGAGGUCUAACCUAACUGUGAGAACGAAAAUUCAAGUUACAAAGGUUAUAAUCCAUCCAAAAUCGAAGAGGGCCAUUGGAGUGGAAUACGUAGAACCUGGAACAAAAUUAACAAAAAAAGUAUUUGCUAAUAAAGAAGUAAUCUUAUCAGCUGGUACUUAUGAGUCCCCUAAACUUUUGAUGUUGUCCGGAAUCGGUCCAGUCGAUCAUCUUAAUGAGGCAGGUAUUAAAGUUGUAAAAAAUUUGCCGGUUGGAAAAAAUUAUCAAGACCAUAUUGGGUUAAGUCCAUACGAAUUUGUAGUAAAUGAUUUUCAAAAUUUUAAUGACGCCGAUAAAUACGUAGAAGACGUAAAGAAUUUCAUGCAAAACAAGGAGGGUUCUUACAAGAUGUCUGGAGGGAUCCUCGAUAAUACAGCAUAUCUUCAGACAGAGUACGAAACUCGACCUGGUAUUCCCGACAUAGAAAUGUUUGGCCUUAAUAAAGUGGACAUCGUAAACGGUGUGGAGGGUAAUGCGACCUGUGCUGCACUUGCGUAUCGCGGUUACUAUAUAAUGUACACAACCUUGACUAGACCCGAUAGUAGUGGUUGGCUGAUAUUGAACAUAACAGAUCCGACUUUUAGCAAUCCGAUUAUAAACCCUAAUUUUUUCUCCAACGAAAAAGAUUUAAAAACUUUAGUAGCCGGAAUGAAGCUGUGGAAGAGGGUGAUCGAAACGGAAUCGUUCAAGAAAUCAGGAUUGACUGCUGUAAAGACACCAGCGCCUGCAUGUGAAAAGUUUGCCACAGACGACGAUAAGUAUUUCCAUUGUGUAGCCAAAAAUUACGUUCAGGCAUUCUACCAUCCAGUUGGAACAUGCAAAAUGGGACCUUCGGCCGAUCCAGAAGCAGUAGUUGAUUCGAGACUUCGAGUUCACGGCAUCAAGGGUUUGAGAGUCAUAGAUGCUUCGAUAAUGCCCGCUGUUAUUAGGGGAAAUACCAAUGCGCCUACAAUUAUGAUUGGAGAAAAAGCUUCUGAUCUUAUCAAAGAAGAUUGGAAAUCUUCUAUUAGUCUAUAAAGAACAAAAAAUUACUGUAAAUUAGUUUGGAAUGAAUAUUCUUAUGUAACUUGCUUCUUGUCUUAUAAAUAUUAAAAUUCAAUUAAAGGCAUGUAAAUAAUUUCUAGGCAGUCUGGUUUAGCAUUUUUAAUUCGAUAAAAAUCGAUAUCAGUUUAAAGCUAGUGAACACCUUGAUGGGCGAAAAAUAAAUCCAUUCAUCAGCCCAAGCUGCAGCGCAAUACAUCGCAUCAGCGCAAAAGCCUGGAAGCCGAAGCAGCCGUCGAUCGGAAAGAGUCAGAAGUGCGAGUUGCGGAGUUUCCGCUUCCUUGGAUUAACGGCUCACGGCGCGAAGUGGAAUGGAACGGAUUUACGUGGAUUAGCGUGAAUCGCGAUGGCGCAGAGAAAGUAAAGUAGCUACUGGCGGCGGCGUGUCUCGCGAUUUGUCGCGCAACACGUGACUACUGUUAUCUAUACCUGUACAGCUCGCUAGUUUAAUUAUAUCUACUGAUAUGUGAAUUUAAAUGUUUGUUCAUCGAUUUUGGGUGAUUGUAUAGGGGCACAAAAUUAUUGGCGGAAAUUCGUUCAUCAGUUAAAUUGUAGAUAGAUACGUGUGACGUUUGUUGACUGAAGAAAAUGUUCGGAGUGUCAAAAUCGUCACGUGAAUACCAGAAUGUUUAACUUUGUCGAUUAAUUAUUUUGGCCGACAUCUCGAAUUUAUUAACUCUGGAAAUUUUAAUAUUCGUUUUUUCUAUAAUGCGUCAACGCUUACGUCGACUUAUGUGAUUAACGCGCGUAAAAAUCCAAAGAUUAAAGACGCAAUGGAAAUUUAAAAAAAAAGUACGGAAUCCUUAUCCUACUGUAAGUUCACUCCACUUAAGCUCAACAAAGCUACUCGCACCUAUGCAGCAAUUAUCAUCAGCCGAGUUAAUCGAGCGGCUUUCUCCAUCGGCUCGACAAUAAGGUCAGCUGAUUUUUCGAAUCCAAAACAAUUUUCCCUCUUCCAACACGCUCUGCUACAUCCUCUUCUCCGACAAAAUGCAAUGAAUUAAAAAAAAAAAGAAAGAAAAA